ACACACAUUAACAACUUCUAAGAGAGGAGAAAAAAAAAAAAACAAAGUCAGAAAUUUAAUACCAACCAGUCAGAAGAGAAUGAGAAGCUUGGUGAAGAAGCUACUAUGGUGCGGAGCCAAGAACUAUGUGUCUCCGAGAACAUCGGCAUUACCAGAGGAAGGGAGAGUUCGGGUUUACGUAGGUAAAGAUAAAGAGAGUCAAUGCAAGCUAGAGGUUGAGGCUAAUUUGCUAAACCACCCAAUGUUUGAGGAUCUUCUAAGGUUGUCUGAGGAAGAAUUCGGACACUCGUACGAAGGAGCCUUAAGGAUUGCCUGCGAGAUUGAUGUCUUCAUCAAACUUAUCAAUCAACACAAAAAAACUAAUCAUCAUAGCCCUUCCCUUUGCUUUACCAAUAAUUCCACUAAAUUAUCGUAGCUUUUAUACAUUUUUUUUUUCUUUUCAUAAUUCUUUAUUCUAAACGGAAGAAAAAAUGGACAAAGUUCAUUCCUAUAUUACUUAUUUUUUGGAGUUUAAAGCCAAUGGACAUUUGUAUUAGUAAUGACUUCAUUAAAACAUAGUUAUUGAUAUUUUUUGGUU